AUGGCCGCGGUCCUCGACAUCGACUUUGUGUCCGACAUGGACGCGGAGGCCGUCGUUAAGCAGGACGAGUUCGGCCUCUUCUCCAUGGAGUUCCUUCACAAGCAUGGCCGCCAGCUCCUCGGAACCACCGUGUGCUGGUUCGUCCUCGACGUCGUCUUCUACUCCCUCAACCUCUUCAUGAAGGACAUCUUCAGCGGCAUCGGCUGGUUUGGAGACGCGGCCGAGAUGAGCCCUCUCGAGCAGACCUACAAGAUAGCCCGCACGCAGGCCAUCAUCGUGGUCGGCGGUUCCCUGCCAGGGUACUUCCUCACUGUCCUCUUCGUUGACCGCAUCGGCCGCAUCAAGAUCCAGCUCAUGGGGUUCAUCAUGAUGACCAUCUUCAUGAUCGGGCUUGCCGCGCCCUACAAGUUAUGGUCCAAACCCAGCAUGCACGCAGGCUUCGCCAUCAUGUAUGCAUUGAUCCUCUUCUUCGCAAACUUCGGCCCCAACUCCACCACCUUCAUCCUGCCCACCGAGAUAUUCCCGACGCGGCUGCGGUCGACGUGCAACGGCAUAUCGGCUGCCGGGGGUAAGUGUGGUGCCAUCAUCGGUGUUCUCUGGUUCCAGUAUUCUCAUGCGAGCAUCCGGAGCUCUCUCCUUCUUCUGGCAGGGUGCAACCUGGUUGGGGUCAUGUUCACUCUUGCCUUGCCGGAAUCCAAAGGGAUGUCACUCGAGGAUAUCACCGGGAAAAUGGAGGAAGAAAGCGAACCAUCUCAAGAAUCUGCAACGGUUGCUGAAGUUGAGUUCAUCCACAGCAUGGAAAUUUUGUAA